ACCGCGCUCGGUGGGCGUGUCCGUCGUGCAGAAGGGGUUAAUUAGAGUCACCCAGUAUGACGGCAAAAGGAAAGUUGAGUCCACGGUGGUCGGCGAGCCGGCGUGCCUGCAGUGAGUCGCGCCCGCGGCCGCACCGACGAUGGUCGCAGUUUGUCGCCUCUUUGGUGGAGCUCAUUAGCGCCCGGAGCUUCUCGUGCCCAACAUGCGCGGCCAGCGCCGCUUCCCGCGCGUCCUGCUCUUGUCCUUAGCUCUGGCCCUCCUCACACUCCCGCCAUGUAGGGUUGCGGCCGGCUCCAAAAUGUCCCCCGGUGGCGGCCGCCGCCGGGACGCCGAGGCCCGUGGCGCUCACCACCGGCCGCUGACCGAGGAACAGAAGGCCGACCAAAACCUGCAGUUUAUGUUGAGUUUGUACCGCAGCGCGGCGGGACCGGGCGGUAGACCCAAACAACGCCGGAAGUUCGGCUCCAACACAGUGCGCCUGCUCAGACCCUCCGCGUCGUCGGUGCACUACCUGCCGGCGUCCAGAGACCACCACUACACCUUCAGCGUCCAGUACCACGUGGACGUGCUUCCUUCGGAGCGGCUCAUCCGAGCAUCCUUUGUGCACCUUAGAUCUUCGUCUUCCGCCGCCCUCCCGUCGCCCCGCUCGUCCAGUACCACGUGGACAUCUUCGUCUUCCGCCGCCCUCCCGUCGCCCCGCUGCCACGCCCAGGUCACGUGGCCGGGCGAGGAGAGCCUGCUCACCACCAUGGAGCCCCACCAUCGCUGGACGGAGGCGGACGUUGGCGCUCGCGUCCUCCGGGGCGAGGAGGACGGGGGACGCUUGACACUCACCGCCCAGUAUUGGUGCACGGAGCAGGAGCGGGCUGAAGAGAGCGGAGACCUCCCUCGCCGGUGGCAAGGGGAGCCCCAUCUGGAAGCCCCUUCGCUUCUUUUGUACCUGGAAGAGGAGCGGGACGGUCAGGACUGGAUGAUGGGGCACCUGCCAACAGGCAAAGGGGAAGACCUCAUGAGGCGGCUGAGCCGCUGGCACCCCUUCCUUCGUCGCCGCCGCAGCUCGGCAAGCUCCCCGCCGGAUCCUUCGGCCACUCCUCCCCUCGCCUCCGUCAUCGCCAACAUUCAUGCCGCAGCAAAAAACAAAACAGGAACGCCCAAGAACCGCUGCAAGCUGCACUCUUUCCGCCUGUCCUUUGAGGAGUUGGACUGGCAUCACUACAUUGCGCCGCCCGUCUACAAUCCUCGCUUCUGCCAGGGCGACUGCCCGCGUGUGUUGACCUAUGGCUACCACUCGCCCAAUCACGCCAUCAUCCAGACCAUCAUCAACGAGUUGGGGGUGGGUGACGUCCCGCCCCCCUCCUGCGUACCCUACAAGUACAUGCCAAUGAGCGUGCUGGAGGUACACAAGAAGAAGGUGGAGUACAAGGAACUGGAGGACAUGGUGGCCGAGUCGUGCACGUGCCGCUAAGGGCAGCUGCUGAGCACCAUCUGCGAAAACGCGCUCCGACACAGGCGCCGGCCGGGGCGGUGCUUGGACUCUGCGCUAAUGCCGAGAUGAGAACGUUCACGAGUCGCCGUCACUUUGUGUUAAGCACUGAAAAUAAAUAUGACUAACUUGCCCCAAAGCACUGACAACUCAAACAUUGAAAGCAUGUCAUCUUGUCUGCCGUGUCAAUCCAAAUGCCGAAACGCUGUUUUUUUUCUUUUUGUCAUUUUGGCUUAAUUUAUUCAACACGCUUCUCGGUGAUGCUGACCAAGACGAUUUUAACAUGCCUGAUGUGAAGCUCAAAUAAUCGAUUUUGUACCUAUUUAUAACAGGAGGGGGUCCCA